GUUGUGGUCUGGCUGUAGACGCCAUUUUAUGAUCGGACUUGUCGAGAAUUACUGCACUAAGUGGCAGAGGUGGUUUGAGGUGGAGCGAAUUUAUCGUCUCUUAUUGGAAAUAUUUGACGUACCCCCCUCCCCAAACUUAUUCUGUUGUCAAGAUUCCGCUUUUUAGCCCCAAAAUGCCGCUGGCUCCGCUAGCAGACCCAUGGAAGCGUAUGGAGGUGGCGCAAGAGACUGAGGGGGCUGCUAGCACAGAGGAUAUGUUAGUAGAUUAUCAGAAUGAUGACUCAGUUCGGGAAGUAAAUAUCACAAAUGUACAAAAGGAAGGUGAAAAAGUAGAUCAGUCAUAUUUUGACUUAUUAAAAGUCCUUGGACAAGGUUCCUUUGGGAAGGUAUUUCUUGUAAGAAAAAUUAGUGGUAAUGACCAAGACACAUUGUAUGCCAUGAAAGUUUUAAGGAAAGCAACAUUAAAAGUCCGAGAUCGACAGAGAACAAAAUUAGAGAGAGAUAUUCUUGCUGAUGUGAAUCAUCCUUUUAUUGUUAAAUUACACUAUGCCUUUCAAACAGAAGGAAAACUAUAUCUUAUAUUAGAAUUCUUGCGAGGAGGUGAUCUAUUCACUAGAUUAUCUAAAGAAGUAAUGUUUACUGAAGAAGAUGUUAAAUUUUACCUUGCUGAAUUAGCAUUGGCCUUAGAUCAUUUACAUGGACUUGGCAUUGUCUACAGGGAUUUAAAACCAGAAAAUAUUCUCUUGGAUGCAGAUGGACAUAUAAAAUUAACUGAUUUUGGUUUGAGCAAAGAAUCAUUGUUUGAUGAGAAAAAGACCUUUUCUUUUUGUGGUACGAUUGAAUACAUGGCUCCUGAAGUUGUCAAUAGAAAAGGACAUGGUACUGCUGCCGAUUGGUGGUCAUAUGGUGUACUAAUGUUUGAAAUGUUGACCGGUGCAUUACCAUUCCAAGGUGAAAAUAGGAAGGAAACUAUGACACAGAUUUUAAAGGCUAAAUUAGGUAUGCCUCAAUUUCUUUCUGCAGAAGCCCAAAGUCUUCUCAGGGCUUUGUUCAAAAGAAAUCCCCAGAAUCGACUAGGCUAUGGAACUAAAGGCAUUGAUGGCAUAAAGAAGCAUCCAUUUUUUGCAUCAAUUGAUUGGGACAAAUUGUUACGGCGAGAGGUGUACCCACCUUUUAAACCAGCUGUUGUACGUGCUGAUGAGGCAUUUUAUUUUGAUUCAGAGUUUACAUCGCAGGCUCCUAAAGGUUUGAUCUAUUCUCCAGGCAUUCCAGUUAGUGCGCAAGACCAUCAACUUUUCCGGGGUUUUAGUUUUGUGGCCCCUUGCUUAUUGGAGACUGAAUCUGAUUUAAUAACUAAGAACCUGGGACCAACGGAUAGCCUUCUGAAGCUUCCUGGUGUGAAACAUACUCCAUUCACUGAUGAAUAUGAAUUAAAACAGGAUAUUGGUAUUGGUUCAUACUCUGUUUGCAAAUGGUGUGUUCAUAAGGCUACUGGUCAAGAUUAUGCAGUGAAAAUAAUGGAUCGAGAGCAACGUGAUCCUCAAGAAGAAAUUGAAAUUCUUCUUCGGUUUGGACAUCAUCCAAACAUAAUUACAUUAAGAGAUGUGUUUGUCAAUGGGAAUAAGGUAUACAUGGUAACUGAGCUUAUGAAAGGUGGAGAACUUUUGGACAAAAUUCUCCGACAGUUAUUUUUUUCUGAGCGUGAAGCAAGUGCUGUUUUGCAAGUAAUUUCUGAAGCUGUUCACUAUUUACAUUUGAAUGGAGUAGUCCAUCGAGAUCUGAAGCCUUCCAAUAUUCUUUAUGCUGAUAAAUCUGGUUCGCCACAUGCUUUGCGUAUCUGUGACUUUGGUUUUGCUAAACAACUGAGAGCUGAUAAUGGUCUCCUUAUGACUCCUUGUUACACUGCCAACUUUGUUGCUCCUGAGGUUUUAAAGCGCCAAGGAUAUGAUGCUGCCUGUGAUAUCUGGAGUUUGGGUGUGUUAUUGUAUACUAUGUUAGCAGGUCAAACACCUUAUGCUAAUGGUCCUAAUGAUACUCCUAGUGAUAUUUUAGCCAGAAUUGGUGGUGGAAAAAUUAAAUUAACAGAAGGCAACUGGGAUUGUGUCUCAGAUGCUGCUAAAGAUUUGGUUCAGAAAAUGUUGCAUGUAGAUCCCCAUAGUCGCCUGACUGCAUCAGAAGUUUUAAAAAGCAAAUGGAUUCGAGACAGAGGAUCAUUACCUUCAAAUAUUAAAUUAACUCUUCAAGAUGCCAGUCUCGUCAAGGGUGCUAUGGUAGCUACUUACAAGGCUCUUACCUCUCAACCAAAGACCACACUUGAGCCUGUUGGGGCUUCAUCUUUGGCACAACGUCGAGGUAAAAAUCGACCAAAGACAUCAACUGCCGUAUAACCAAAUGACAUAAUCUUAAAUUCUCAUCUUUUCCAACUACAUUUAUUGUUAAAAACAAAGUAAGCUUAUAUUUAAGCUCCGUGAAAUGAGUAUAACUUUCUCAUCUUGUUAAUAUCAAGCACCAUGCUACAGGACAUCUAGUGUGACUACAGAUUUGAGGUUUUAUCCUUAACCAAAUCUUUAGUCUGUAGUUACAUUUCUCUAUUAAUGUCAUGGCGCUUUUAUACAUGGUGCUGUGUUAUCUAAGUUAAACCAAUUUAAAUGAAUUUUUAUUCAUUUCAGAUACGCCUGAUCUGUUACGUUUAAUUCUGUCAAGAGAAAGAUCUGAGGGUUAGUUUAGUAAUAUAUAUCCGUGUGCACAAUAUAACAGUUGUAUCACACACAAUAAAAGAAAAUUCUGCUCUCAUAAUCUCCAAAUGAUUCAAUAGACCAACAUGAAUUAUUAUUGGCUGUUAUUAUUUAUAAUGUAAAAAUUCCUAGAUUAUGCUUGAAUGCUCCAAUUUUCAAAACCAACUUCGUUAUAAGAACUGAAAGAUCUAUUUUAAAAAUUCAUAAACAUGUGAAUCAAAGAUUUUAAUUUGUAUUUAUAUUGGUUAAAAAUUGCACUCCAACGUUUUUGUGAAAAAAAAAGAGAGAAAAAAAUGGAUGCUAAGCUGCUGAUGAUGAUGAUAUUGUCAUUUUUAACACAAAAUUAUAUUGUUAGCCAGUCUAUUUGCUUGCAUUUCUGUUUUAAUUUCUUUAUUAAAUUCAGAAAGUGUGUAAAGAAUGUUGUUUCAGAAACCAUAAUCUAUUCUACAGGCCACUUCUUUCUUCAGUAGAGAAUAUUGAUUUGAUGCUGCUCCCUAUUUUUAAUUUAAAUGAUUUAAAUCAGCUUUUUUGGCUUGAUUUCUUUUAUUUAAUUUUUAGAUACAUUAUUCUGCAUUGAAUAAUUUUGAAAUAGCCCUUAUUUUGGGCAUCUUAAAUCAUAUUGUGAUGUACAGUUCUUACAGCAUAUUAAGAAUACAGAAAGCUAUUUAUAAUCACUUUUGUAUUUGUUUUGCAGGAUUCUUGACAUGAAAUCAUCUGUUGAAAUUGGUAUUGUUGUAUUUUGAGAGGGUCAUAGUGCCAAUAUACCACACACACUAACUGUAGUACACUUCAAGUUUUAUUAUCAAUUAUUUAGAUAGUUAGUCAAUUAAUUAAUCAAUUAAUGAAGUAACUUAUCUAAUUAAUUGAUAAUAAAACUUAACUAAGCUACAACCAACACGUGUGUGUUCCCUAAAUACAACAAUAUUUAUAAUCAAGGUUACCCAAAUAUUUUCUUUAAAGCAAAUUUAAUACCAUGAUCUGAUCUAUUUAUUUGACUGUACACAAAGCCAAAAAUAAGGAAUAUAGUUUGUUGAAUUGAUACCAAUACCUUACUGAUAUUAUUUUAUUGAUUAGGAAGAGUAGCACAGUUGAUUCCUUUUCUUUUUUUAUUUUUUGUUAUUAGAAAACAGAUGAUAAACAGUGAAAAAAAAAAGGGAGAAAAAAUAUUUCACAUGAUGCCUGACUUUUUUUUUUUUAAUUUAAAUUUAUUUCAAAAUGAAUCAGUAAUAUGUUUAUAACAGUAAACAGUGAACACUGAACAAUGUUGAAAUGAACUUUCUGGGUUUCCAAACUUAGUUAACUAUGCAAGUUUAAGAAAUAUUUUUUUAAUUGUAAAUGUUAAUGUGCUUCUGAUAAAAUACUGUAAUUUAGUUG